CAAUGUGUCUGGGCCCUGCUGGCUCUCUGGAUGUGCCUGCUGGCCACGAGCGCCGCCGGCGAGUCCAUGAUCGAGGUGGACGAGAACGGGGAUGAGUACGAGCUGAAGCGCUUCUACAUCCAGGGACGUCAGUUGAGCGGCGAUGGCAGCCAGUCGCAGUGCGUGGUGACCAGAAGAAAGCGAUCGGGUCGUUCGGCGGGCGCAACUGUUUCGGUUAGCUCACAGCCCUUGAAGGUCGAGAGUUUGCCAGCCAAGGAACACCGCGAAGGAGGAGCCGUCUUGCAGGAGGUGGAGAGUAGCAACAGGCGCUAUGUGGCCCUGCAAAAUGUGCACUUGCAAAACGAUGACGAUGAUCAGGAUGAUGAUGAUGAUGAUGAUGCUGAGGUUGAGGAGCAGCAGCACGGCCUGGCUGAGCAAUCUUCAAAGUCGCCGUCAAACUAUGUGCCCGCUGCCUUGGCCUUGCCCCUGCAAGGUCAAGCGACCACGGCUGCCCAUCUCAACCAGGGAGUGAGUGUGGUGGCCAAUGCCGCCAGUCACGCCAAUGUGGCCGAAGACGCUGGCAUUGUGGUGGUUCAGUCGCAUCAGCCACCCAAGGUUAAUCCCGACACACACGCCGUCUUUGAGCUGAAGCCCGUUCAUCAGUCGAACGUGGAUCAGUCGGGUGGUGUUGGCUUCUAUCCCUUCGUCCAUCCGUGGGAGGUGGUUGAGCAACCCGAGGACGACUACGAUGAGGAUGACUACGACGAGGAGGAGGACUACGAUGAUUUCUACUACGGCAACGGCUUCUACGGCGAUCAGCCGGGCUUCCAUGGUCUUGGUGUUUUCGAGGAGGAGAUCAUCUCCGAGGAUCAGCCCGUCUCGACGGUGGCCAGUUGGGUGACCGGUGAGGAUGAGGAUGAUCACAGCGACCAUCGUCCCGUUUUCAACAAGCGACCCAAGAAGAACAGAAAGAAUCAGAAGAACCGGAAUCAAAUCCAGAAGAAUCAGAAUCAGAAGAACAAGCGGCAGCAGCAGAAGAAACGCAAGCAGCAGGCCCAAGAAAGUCAAGGGCUCUCUACGAAAAGGAAGCAGGAGCAGAAGAAGAAGCAGCAGAAGCAGGAUAAAGACCAGAAGAAGAAGCAAGAUAAGGAUCAGAAGAAGAAGAAGCCAGAGGAGAAUCAGAAUCAGCAGGAGAUGGAGGAAAUUACUCCCGUGGAUGUGAUCAAGAAGCCAGUGGCCAUGGAUUCUACCGAAGACGCGUCUGCUUCUUCUUCGGCGAGCAGCAACAACUCAGCGUCCUCGAGCAAUUCUUCGGACAGCACUUCUACGUCUCAGAAGAACAAGAAGAAGAAAAAGAAGCCUAGCAGCAGCAGUGGAAGUAGCAGUAGCAGUCUCAGCCAGCGAAGAACCAAGAAGAAGAAGAAGCAAUCUAGCAGCAGCAGCAGCAGCAUUUCUAGCAGCAACAAGCGUCGCCGUCCAAGCAGCAGCAAUUCUUCUGGUUCUUCCAGCAGCAGUUCUUCCAUCGGAGGCUAUCGUCGCCGUCGGCCGCAGCAGCAGCAGCAGUUGCAGCAGCAACGUCGCCGCAAAACGCAGCAGCAGAAGCGUCGCCGCCAGCAGCAGCAACAACAAAUGAAGAGACGCCGCCAGCAACAACGCCGUAGAUUGCGCAACAAGAAUCGUCAAUUCUACGGCGAUGAGCCCAUCAUCAAUUGCAUUUACAUCAACAAGGAUCCACCGACAACGACGACACCGCGUCCCUUCUGGAACAUCCUGGGACGCCAAUCGGAUGCGAAUCCCAGUUCGGAGUCUCCUGUAGCCUCUUCCGAAGAGUCCCAAGUGGAUCCUGUGGCCCGAGAGGCUGUUCUUCAGGCUGUUCGCCGCAACUUCGGCGAAUUCGGUGGACGAAAGCGCACCAAUCUGCGUUUCGUGUCCUAG